UAUAGUAUUACGUCAUGAUUUUUCUUUUAACGUCAAAGGUCUUUUACGAUCUCCAUCAAACGAUGAAGUCGCUGCUGCACUAUCCAAAAAUAGAAGAAGUCAACGGUCACAUCCAUCCGUUGUCGUACAACAUUUUGAACGAAGCUAUACCAAGAUCACGUGAGUGUUCUGAUGCGGGCGUUCCAUUAUGGUCGUGUGCUUGCAGACAACAAACGGUUGUUACUGGCAACUGGACAGAUGUUCACAAGAAUUACGCUCAAAUGGCUGCCGAUAAAAUAAACACACAUCAUUCACAAAAACCUCAGACAUCGUGCAUGGAUGUACACAUAGACACGAUCACAUCUGUUAUUGAACAGACAUUUGCGUACGGAGGAAGGGAGAAUCUAGUCCAUUACCAUAUAGAGUUCAAAUCUCAACAGGGUCCAUCGAAGUGGCAAGUCCAGGUGAAUCCCAAAGGGUCUAUUGAGUAUUUGAAGCAAAUCAGUCGUUACGAGAAGUACAGGGACUGCCAUGACAAGCGAGUGUCAAUAGAGUUCUGUAUAUGUCGCCAGUAUCCACCUGGCACCCCGUGACGAUAGUGGCAGGGCGGCAAAACACGAUACAGAGGAACUAUAGACUACAAAGCCAGUGGUGGCGCCUGUGAAUGUGAAUGUGACCAGCGAUGUGAAUCGAAUUAUGCCGGAUAUUGAUGAGAAAUUAUGUUUGAUUAGGAAUAUUUUGUCAAUUUGUGGCAGAGGGGCAUGCUAUGAUACCGUCUAAUGUAGCCUACCACUCGUUUUUUUUAAACAAACUUGAUCAGAAAUUAAAAAAACAAACUUUAGGGAAUUGUUAGAUCUCCAAAAAUGUUUGGUAAUGGAACGAGCUCUAUCAUCUCUAGGUAGUCGGAAAUGGCACUCU